AUGUCUGAUGUCUCGGCAGAUUUGGGUGACGAUUGUGUGUCAACUGCUUCGACUGUACUGUUUCACAAGAAAACAGAUGCCAAAAAAAGGGACUCUCCUAAUUGCAACCCGCUCAGUUUGCUCUCAUAUUCGACGCCAGAUACAGCGGAAAAUAGUUUACUAGAUAAGGAAGAUAACUGUGGUGCCUCUGAAUUCUAUGUAACAGAAAAAGAUGUUUCAACGGAUAAUGAAAGUGAAGAGGUAAUUCUGUCGGUUUAUUGGCGCAAAGGACUGCUUGGUGCUGCUUAUUACACCAUGGAAACUAGCCAGAUUACCGUGAUGAAUGAUAUAGUUGAUGUUAAUCCAGAAUUUAACAUCCUCCACAGUUUGUUUUAUCAAGUACAUCCCACAAAAGUUAUUACAAGCAGUAAAUUGUCACCAAAAUUUAUAUCUGCUAUAAAAGUUUUAUUAUGUGGUGAUACAGAAGACAUAUGUCCUGGAAAAGACUUAUCUGACCAAAGCAAGCUUAUUUUAUUGCCUGGGAAGAACUUUCAUUAUGAAAGCUGUAGAAGAAGAGUUUUGAAUAUAAAAUUCCCUAAUGCUCCAGAGGAAUUUGGUGAAGAAGAACAUGUACGAUAUAUUAAUUCCUUGCUUGAAAUGACUGCUGAAUCCAUGAUUUUCUCCCUUGGAUGUCUUCUUCAAUGUUUAGAUAAAUCGUAUUUGCACUUAAACUUAGACGUUAGACAAAAAACAGCUCCAGUGCUUGCCAUAAAUACAAUAUCUUUGCAAGAUAUAGUAAUGAUUGAUGCAGACUCCUAUGAAGCAUUACAAGUAUUUAAUCAGCUCUCUCAUCCAUCAAAUUUCAAAGCUGGCACACCUGGAAGCAGUAAGGAGGGUCUAAGCAUUUUUGGAAUAUUCAAUAGAUGCAAGACAACAAUGGGAAGUCAUCUAAUGAGAACAAUGUUUCUCCAUCCAACACAGAAAAUUGAUGUUCUAAAUAAUCGACUGAAUGCAGUAGAGUUCUGCUCAAAUCCAAGAAAUUGUGAUUUUGUUUCAACAGCUCAAGAUUGCUUGAAGUACAUAUCAAAUGUAUCGACCAUACUCUACUCUGCAACACUAGGAGAAUUGUGUUCACUGCAUAAAGAGAAGACUGAUUUGUUUAGAAAGUUUGCAGAUUGCAUUAGAAAUGAUCUGUAUGAAGCGGGACACAUGAUUGGUAGCAUAAUUGACUUUCCAGAAUCAGAGAAGCAAAAUAGAUUUGUAGUGCAGCUUGGAAUUGAUGAAGAACUUGACAGAAAGAAACAUAAAUAUGGUUGUCUUCCUGCACUCAUGACAACAAUGGCACAGGAGGAGUUAGAUGACCUGCCAGAUUAUGUAAAAGAAUGCUCUGUUAUAUAUAUACCGGAAAUUGGUUAUUUGUUAGCUAUACCAGUUUGGAAAGAAGAAAUUAAUGAUGAUGAAAUCAAGAUCCCAGGCCUUGAAUUUAUGUUUCAGGUUGACGGUGUAAUACAUUACAAGAGCACUCGUUGUCGUGAGUUGGACAUUGUUCUUGGUGAUGUCGUUGUUCAGAUAACAGAGCAUGAAACGAGUAUAAUGAUCAAGCUUAUAAAUUAUAUCCAGCCAUAUUUGGAACUGGUCUGUAAAGUGGUGCAGUUGGCUGCUGAACUUGAUUGUAUGAUUUCUCUUGCUGUUGUUGCUCAAGAAAACAGUUAUGUGCGACCCAUUCUGACUGAAGAAAGAAUAAUUAAAAUAAAAGAUGGUCGCCAUCCAUUACAAGAAAAGUGUGUUAAUGAUUUUGUUCCAAAUGAUACACUUUCAAGUAAGUGCAAUGGCCUGAUGAAAGUACUGACAGGUCCUAAUGCAUCUGGGAAGAGUGUGUACUUGAAACAGGUGGCACUGAUUGCGUAUUUGACUCACAUAGGUAGUUUUGUACCUGCCACUAGUGCAACAAUUGGAUGCUUGAGUCAUAUUUUCACGAGGAUACAAACAGUGGAGUCAAUAGCUACAAGGUUAUCAGCUUUCAUGAUUGAUCUUAAGCAGAUGUCAAAGGCACUUUACUGUUCUACACCUUCAUCCCUUAUCAUCAUUGAUGAAUUUGGUAAAGGGACAGUUGAAUCAGAUGGCUUAGGAUUGUUAGUAGGUAGCUUGGAGCAAUUUUUAAGUCGUGGUGACAAUUGCCCUCAUGUGUUUGUAUCAACUCAUUUUCACCGUGCUGUGCAGUUGCUACCAGAAACACAGUACUUGAAUUUUCAGGUGCUGGAGUACACUAUUGAUAGAGAUGGCAAUAUUAUUUAUUUAUAUAAAUUGAAAGAAGGAAGCACAGAAUCAAGUUUUACACUACGAGUUGCACUUUCUCUUGGAGUGAAAGAAACUACUGUAAAAAGGGCACAAAAGGUUUGUGAAUAUGUAAUCAGGUAUUCAGCUUAA